UCGCUCGACUCGGCAAUGACGAUGACAGCAGUGAAUUGCGAACUCAAUUGUUUAGGUUUAGGGUUCGCAGUUUUGUGUCACAACUUUACCGGAAUACUAUUUACUUUAAAGUGAAUCAAAUUCAUCUUCGACACAAUGUUCGGAGGUUUCAACAUGAUGUUCCCGGAACACGGGCGCAGAUUUCAGAAUGCCUACAAAUGUUACUCGGUUUCGAUGCUCCCCGGAAACGAACGACAGGAUGUCGAGAAAGGAGGAAAAAUUAUCAUGCCUCCAUCAGCGCUGGACCAACUGAGCAGGUUAAAUGUCGAGUACCCAAUGCUUUUCAGACUCACAAACGAACGUAAGAAUCGAAAGACACAUGCUGGAGUCUUGGAGUUUGUUGCCGAUGAAGGAAAAAUAUAUUUGCCUCACUGGAUGAUGCGGAACCUUCUCCUGGAAGAGGGCGACUUUCUGUUCAUCGAAAGCGUUUCACUCCCAGUCGCAACGUUUUCCAAGUUCCAGCCGCAGAAUUCUGACUUCCUAGACAUAACAAACCCCAAGGCUGUGCUGGAGAAUGCUCUGAGAAAUUUCGCGUGCCUCACAACGGGUGACUUGAUUGCCAUCAAAUAUAAUCAGAGAAUAUAUGAGUUGUGCGUGCUGGAAACGAAGCCUGGCGAUGCGGUUAGCAUCAUCGAAUGUGAUAUGAAUGUUGAGUUCGAAGCUCCAGUUGGUUACAAGGAGCCCACGGUUGCGAGCAGAUCUGAGUCGACGCCUAUGGAAGAGGCUCCGAUAGACACAAUCGAAACUGUGUCUCUCUUCUCAGGGGAGGGUGUACGGCUAGAUGGCAAGAAAAAGAAGGACAAUCAGCUGGAUGAACCUGUGAUAAGAAAAACGGCAGUUAGGGGAAUACCAGAUUAUAACCAUCCCAUCGGAUUGAUCAAAUUUGAUCGAUCAGUGAAACCUAUCAGCGACAUGAAGACGGCACAGAGAGUAGACGAGGAGGAAGAUGAGAAUAUGUUCCACGGACAGGGUUUCUCUUUGAAGAAGGGAAGGAAAUGAAAGUUAAGAUAAUCUAAAUGAAAUGCUUGCACAUUAUUGGUUGGGAAAUAUGUAGAAUGAAAUUUUAAAAUCUAAA